UCCCAAUCACUUUUAACCUGACGUCCGUCAAUGGCUGAAUGGCGAAAGUAACGGUGGAAAAGCAAUGAGAAGUGGAUCAAUUGCAUUCUUGUCAACAACUCUCCCUUCUACUCUCCGAUCAUCAACCGUCACUCGCUCCGUUACAACCGCCGCUUCACACCGUCUAUCUUCUCUACGCAACUUCUCGGUUCCGUUAAAAGUUAACCUCACUGCUGCUCGUGCAAUCACUCGUGCAUCAUCAUCAUCAUCCAUGGCGUCUUCGUUUAGUCCCGAGAAAGCUAGGGUUCCUCCUGCUGUUGAAUUGCCUGUUCCUCCUGUUUCCAAGUUCAAGAUUGGUUUAUGUCAGCUGUCUGUGACAGCAGACAAGGAGAGGAAUAUUGCUCAUGCUCGUGUAGCAAUUGAAGAGGCUGCUGAGAAGGGUGCCAAGCUUGUUGUUCUGCCUGAAAUAUGGAACAGUCCUUAUUCAAAUGAUAGUUUCCCGGUGUAUGCUGAGGACAUUGAUGCUGGCACGGACUCAUCUCCUUCAACAGCAAUGUUGUCUGAAGUUGCUCGUUCUUUGAAGAUCACGAUAGUUGGUGGUUCCAUACCAGAAAGAUGUGGGGACAAGCUGUACAAUACUUGUUGCGUUUUUGAUACUGAUGGAAAGCUGAAAGCUAAACACAGAAAGAUACACCUUUUUGAUAUCAAUAUUCCUGGAAAGAUUGUAUUUGAGGAAUCAAAAACUCUUACUGCUGGAGAAACUCCUACUGUUGUGGAUACAGAUGUUGGACGCAUAGGUAUAGGUAUCUGCUAUGACAUUCGUUUUCAGGAACUGGCCAUGCUUUAUGCUGCUAGAGGUGCUCACCUACUUUGUUAUCCUGGGGCAUUCAACAUGACUACUGGUCCACUGCAUUGGGAGUUACUACAAAGGGCAAGGGCUGUAGAUAAUCAGUUAUACGUAGCAACUUGCUCUCCUGCUCGAGAUGCUGGAUCUGGGUAUGUGGCAUGGGGCCAUUCAACCUUAGUUGGACCAUUCGGAGAGGUACUAGCUACAACAGAACAUGACGAGGCAACCAUCGUUACAGAGAUUGAUUAUUCGGUACUUGAGCUAAGGAGGACAAAUCUGCCACUGCAGAAGCAACGUCGUGGUGACCUUUACAGCCUGGUUGAUGUUCAAAGGUUACAUUCUCAGUGAAUGGCUCAGGUACGCCUGUUUGGUCAUUUCAGUCUAUCGAGUUUUCCAUUUAAAGUAGCUUAUGUUUGUGUACCAUUUUCUUGCUUUUCUUUGUAACGCACUACAUCCGUAUUGGCAAUAAAGUCUUCCCUGUUAACUGAUA